AUGGAGGAAGACGAACACUUAGCAGCGAGCUCUGGUAAGGGGACUUCAAUCCCGAAAGGCGAUGCGGCAGACCAGGUGGCAAAUCAAGGUGAGGAUGCUGUUAGAGAAGCUGGAAAAGAAGUGCUGGAUGUGGGGGCACCUAACCCUGUGGCCCGCGGACUGCAGCGCUCGUCCUUGCAGCAUCCACCUUCAAUUCAAGGUCAGCCUGUCAAGAGGCUGUCUUUGCCAUCUCAUGCUACAAGGCCUCGGCCCCAACAGUUGGAUUCGAUAGCUGCCGAACAGCCACCGAAGCAGAGUGCGGAAUCUGAACAGCCACCGGCAAAGCGUGCGGAAUCUGAGCAGCCUCCUGCGCAGAGUGCGGAAUCUACACUCGUGGCACGUUUGGUUGGGCGUGGCUUGGCCAACGAGGCCUCAUCGUCUCUGCAGGAAGAGAGUGCGCAGAGGACGCGAGUGGAGCAAGUCAAGGAGUUGGGUUCGCAGCGCGGCUCCUUGGAAGGCCCUUCUUCACCACCGACGCAGGUGCCGCAAUCCACAGAGCUGCAUGUGAACACAGAGGGCCAAGAGGACAAGAGCGCCGAAACUCCCCAGCCGAAAGCUGAUGCCUCCAUGGCACCACUCCCACAGAGCCAGCACCGGGAGGAUUUUCGGGGGAGACGCAUCGAAGAGUCCAAAGUAGCCGGCGGUGCUCAAGGCGACCCUGAAAUGGUGCGGGCUGCUCUGGUGCUGCAGCGCUACGUGCGACUGAAGAACUAUCGCUGGUUCCUGCUGGGCCGUCGUGGACCCUCGCCGGUGCAGCUGCCACCUCAUCCAGGUGACAAGCGGCAGAUACCGGUCGGUGCUCAGCCGGGUCGAGACCCUGCCACGGCUUGGCAUCAGAGCCUACAGCUGGCACUGGAAGGCAGGGCCGGAGCAGCUGAGGUUGGCAGUUCGGAAGAGGCCACAGUCCCGGAUGAUGACUUGACCAAGAAGCGGGCGACCACGGCACUGGGCUACGUGAGCGAGGUUGGCCGCUUUGCGGCAGCAGCUCGCGCUGCAGCAGUGCUGGUGAUCCACGAGGUGAUGUUGCAUCCAUACGGUAUGGACACGGAGAAGCACCGGAGGCAUCACUUACCACAGGAAGAGGGACAAACCGUGCCACGGCUGAUCUCAAAAGAUGAUGUGCUUUGGCCUCUCUUGCGCCCGCGCUUCGACGGCGACCGUGUCUUUGUGCAUGACUCUAUGGUCCUCACCGUUGUCGGGGGAUCCACCCAUGAGCGAUCUCAAGAGUUCGCGUGGCGUUUGUAUCAGCACGACCUGAAAGGACUCCAGGCGCUUGCAGACGCUAUGGCUACCAGUGGCUGCGAGUCACCCUUUUCGUUGCCUGUGGCCGUGCUCGUGGACUACUUAGGCUUUCGAGUCGUUUGUAGACCGAAGGUUGUUGCAUUGGGCGAUCCUCCUGCUGAACUUGUCCUGGGGCCUCUUGCAGAGGCAGAGGUGGCCUAUGGAGCACCUGGGGACCUGCCAGAGCUUUGGCGGGAGGCCAGCAACGCCGCUGCUGCUGCCCAGAAGGAGGAGACCAUCAAUCCGACGGCCUAUCCUGGCGAUUCUGCGGAGAGCAUAUGGCGGCAGCAGCUGCAGCUCCGCAGCCAGAGCCAGUUCGCCAGUCUUGUUCUGCACGAAUGGGACCGCCGGCAUCCACAGCUCCGCAGUGAUCUGGGCCAGAUUGCAGGGAUGCUCGGCCUACAGGGGUAUCCGGUCUGCUUGAUGAGCGAUCUUCCAAAGUCCUUAGCAAGCACAGCCUUGCUGAGACUCCGCUGCAAGCACGUGUCAGAGAGUGAGAGGGACGAGGUCGAGGUUCAGGAAGCAGAGGAGCUCCAUUUCCGGAGCCCAGCAGAGCUGAUGCCUCCGGAGAUCCUGCCAGACACCGACCCAAGCAUCUCCCGCAUCGUGGAUCCGGUGAAGCGACUUCGCCGUGAGGCGCUCUGGUCUCUUGGUGUUCCAUCGAUUCCGCCCACGCAUGCAGUCACGGCGGCCGCGAAUUCUGGGCAAGCUGGUGGGAGCCAAGCCCUGAAGGAGCUGACUUCCCGGGCUGAGCUGGAGCUGCCGCAACAGCUCUUGGAGAGGAUCAGUUCCGAGGGACCGCCCUUGGACAGCCAAGGCUGGACCGAUAUCUUGCACGCAUCCGGCGUGAAUAUUCGCCACAUGUCUCGAGUGGCUGCGCUGGCCAGUACAUCCUCGGCGGCGGCUUUGCAUCGCGAGGCUCUGGCCAGGAGUGCGAAGUGGGUGCUUCGCAGGCGACUCUGGGAGAAGAAGCCCUGGGCGCCGGUGGCACCACAGCGCUCCCAGGAGGUGCACGUCGGCCCGGAGCGUGUGGCCACGAUGGAAGCGGUAAAGCUCUUCAACCAAGCCUUGGGCUCGGGCGCGGAGACCGUCGAGUUCUGGGACCGAGAGCUGGUGCCAGAAACUACCCGCCGCUUCGGAUUUGAAAGUGCGUCCCUGUCGAGACACAGAGUAAAGCUCCACGCGCUGUUCCGAGCCAUGGAGCAUCACUGCCGGGUGAAGUUUGCGUCCUCUGCACACCGCGCUCACCUGAAUUCACCUGGAUACCCGGAGCCGUUCAACGAGGCAGAUCUCGUCUCGUUCGAGUCGGAAGCUUUGCAACCUCACUUUCCACACUUCGCAGCAGUCAAGGACCUUUGGCAGCAGCGCCUGCAGCAAUACCAUGCAGUGGAUGAGGAAACUCGCCGCCUCCGUGAUCACCUGAUAAAGGAGCCCUCUUUCUGUGGCUUUUUGCCCGACGUCCGCAUCAUCUGCGCUCGAGGGGAGGAGUGGUCUGCAGCUGUGUCGGCACCCACACGACAUACGCGCGAUGGUCGAUGGGAUCGCGUCUUUCAGGUGCUAAAGCUGCAGCUCACCUUCUCGCGAGCGCUGGGCGAAGCCCCGGCUGCCACUGGCGCAAUUCUUCAGGGCAUCGCAGUGGCGCUGCUUGAGAUGGCGAAGAAGGCUUCUAAGCCCGUGGAAGAUCCCGACAGCGUUGAUGAGAUGGCAGCUGAGGUGAUGAUGAAGACCGGGCCGACCGUCGACAAAACACGCUUGAAGCAAGCCUUGUGGGCUGCAGACUCCGCGACGCAAAUGUUGCCCAGUUUGCUCUCCGCGUGGUGGGCGCAGCUCGCUGCUUUCGAAGCUGAGUGGCUGUUGGACAAACACGUCGAAGCGCAUGCCCGCUUGCAGAGGCUCCAGAUGGAAUGGGAGAGGCUUUCACCGGAUCAGCCCGUGUUAAUGCUUCGCUUAGAAGGAACAGCUGCGAGGCUCUAUGCUCAGCAGGGAAACUGGUCCGCAGCUGCGCUGCACACGGAGAAGUGCUGUAAUCUCGCCGAGCGUGCCUUUGGUCGGGCGCACCCUGCCUCCGUUGCUCUGAGAGCACGGCUCGGGGAUGCCUGGUCGCGCCGGGAGGAUUGGGACAAAGCCACCGCAGCGUUCCAGGAGGCCUAUUCCGUUGCCCAGGUUGCCAGUGACCAAAGGACAACUGGCCGGUUGGCCUUCGAACUUGCACAGGUCCUGUACUGGAAAGGGGAUCUCUCGGGAGCCAAAGGCUUCGCGGAAGAUGCCGUGAAGCUUUUGAUACCGAUUGAGGUGGGUUCCAGUCGCAGUGGCGACGGGCCUCAACUCAGCACAACAUCCUUCGAAGCCUUGAUGCUUCUAUCCCAAAUCUACGAGAACCUUUGUAGGCGCCUCCUGGAGCUUCAUGACAAGGAGCAGGCGGAGAUCGAUCCGCCCAUGCUCCAGGGGCUCAUCCUCAAGGCUGUGAAAUGCUUCGAGACGGUGUUGAAAAACUUGCCCCUGGCACAGCAGACGCCACGCCGUCCCGGCGUGCUCUCCCGUGCGGCCGAGAUUGUGGAGUCCAUUCUGGGGCUGAAAGUUAUGGGCAUGGGUGAUGGAGAGUACACGGUGCUCGUCGAUGCUGUUGAAGAGCUCCUGCUCCAUGCUUCUGCGUCCACGGAAACCGCUCCUGCUUUGCAGCGUGCGAUCGCGCAGACGCGGGGCGUGCGCCAACUGCAGCCUCGUGCCGAGACCAGGGCGGUAGCCGAGGCGGCGCUGCGACCGGUUUCCAGCGACAGUUCGCGGGAGCGUCCUGCGAGGCUUGCGGCGCUCUUCGAAUCCAUCGCGCGUGAGGCCUUGAUGAGCGAUGUCCCGCCCUCCGUUUGGUUCGAUCAGACUGUCCGCCUUGUGGCCGAAGGCUUCUCCGGGGCACCGGAGCCCGGUAAUGUGACAUACCAGGCAACUGUUCAACUUCUGGAGCUUUGCCGUUACUUCGGUGAUGCCGCACGAAUCAUCAUGUGUGCCACGACCAUCAGCACAUGA